GCCGCAGGGGCAGCCGGGCCCCGGGUGAGCGGAGCCGGGCCCGAGCCCGGGACUGCGGCUGGGGGCUGCUCGUGUAUCGGCCGGUCCCACCCGUGAGGGAGCGGGUAUCGCAUGCUGGAAGCCUGUCUGUCUGCAGCCGCUACCUGCGCAAAUUGUCCGCCUCGGCGUCUGCGCUCAUUACGCUCAGAGCUCCAUGACAGAAUUCCCUCUGACGAUUUCAAUAUAGAGCCCAAAAGGUGGAGGUCGGUGGCUCACGCUCUGCUGAGGACCGGGGUCCCUGGAGGCCGGGUGUGUUGCCUGGGUGGGAGCCACUCACUGGGAGCACUCAGCCUUGCAGUGCUCCACACCACCCAGCAGCUCAGCAUGGGCCUGGGGAUCCUGAAGGUGGAAGCUUUGGACGAGGGCCAUUUGGUGUGCGUGAAGUGGGAGGAUGGAAGUGAGAGCAUCUACCCCUGCGUCUGGCUGAGGGACAACUGCCAGUGUCCCCAGUGCUUCCUGCCCUCCGCCGGAGCACGCAGGCUGCUCUUCGAGGACCUGGAUGUCAACAUCGUGGUGAAGCAGGUUGCUCUGGCAGAUCCAAGGAAGAUCUCUAUUACGUGGCCUGACGAACACACAAGUGAAUAUGAAGCUGAGUGGUUGAAAAAACGAUGUUUCUCUGAAGAAGCCAGAGCUGUAAUGCGAGCAGAUUUAUUUUUACCAGAACACCAGUACUGGGGCUCAGACCUUCAGCUUCCCAAAAUGCCUUUUGAAGAAAUCAUGUACAAUGAUGAAAGUGCAUACAAGUGGUUGUGCACCCUAAAGAAAGUAGGAAUUGUUCUACUGACAGGAGCUGCUACAAGGCAGGGAGAAUUGAAUAGACUUGGCCACAGGAUUGGGUUCCUGCGCCUCACAUUUUAUGGACCAACUUGGCAAGUGCAAGACAAAGCAGAUGCUAAUAAUGUAGCUUAUACAACUGGGAGACUCUGUUUUCAUACUGAUUACCCUGUUCUGCAGCACCCACCUGGGGUUCAAUUUCUUCACUGUAUAAAGCAAACAUCUGCAGGAGGUGAAAGUGAAGUUGUAGAUGGAUUUCAUGUAUCCAACAAGCUGAGGAAACAAAAUCCUGAGGCAUAUCAGAUCCUGUCCUCUACUGCUGUAGACUACGUUGAUGUUGGGGUGGAUUACUGUGAUUUUGCUGUGCACUGUAAACAAAGGAUUAUAGACAUAGAUUCCAGAGGCCAAGCAAUUCGCAUCAAUUACAAUAAUGCAACAAGAGACACAGUGUUUGAUAUACCAGCUGAAAAAGUGAGGUCAUUUUAUGCAGCUCUAAAGGAAUUUAAUGAUUUAUUAAACAGUGCUGAACACAAGUUUACUUACAAACUGAAACCAGGAGACAUAGUGACAUUCGAUAACUGGCGUGUGCUUCACGGUCGCCAGAGCUACCCGUCGUGUUCAGAAGUGACGCGUCACCUGGAAGGUGCCUAUGCAGACUGGGAUGUAGUCAUGUCAAGGCUCCGGCUCCUUAGGAAAAAGGUCCUGAACAGAGAUUGAACUUUCUUCUAACUAGAAUGAGCAAAACGUAGAUAAUCUAACCUCAAUGACAACAGCAACAUUAAAAGAAUGAGUCUUCUUUCCAGAAACUAACAUCACUUUUGAUAAGGGCUUGUUAUAGAACCAGGGUAAUGGCUUUGAACUGACAGAGGGUAGGUUUUGAUUAGAUAUUAGGAAGAUAUUCUUUACUAUGAGGGUGCUGAGCUACUGCAACAGGUUGCUCAGAGAAGCUGUGGCUGCCCAGUCCCUGGAAGUGCUCAAGGCCAGGUUGGAUAGGGAUUGGAGCAACCUGGGAUAGUGAAAGGUAUCCUUGCUUUUGGCAAAGGGGUGGAAUGAGAUGGUUUUUAAGGUCCCUCUCAGCCCAAACCAUUCUGUGUGUCUAUCACAAAUAUAUGUUUUAUUUCUUUAAGCUAAGAAAUAUUUUGUUCAUAACAAUUUAAGUUUAUCUGUGCCAUGGUCUUUGAAUCUAAGAAAUACAUUGCUAUGUCUGUAAGUUUAUAUGUUCUUUUACAAUCAAUGUGCAAAGUGGCUUGAAAGAUUAUCACUUUUCCAGACAGACUGGGGGUCACAAUGUCUUCCUUUGCCUCUACAUGUCUGCCUGUGCUCCCUAGAAAACUUGAAAGGUAAAAUGAAAAGAAGCAUUAUUAACUAAAUUUUGUUAUGAAUGGCACCUUCCUCUAUUUUCAGAGAAGCAUUCUUUACUGCAUAAAUCAUAACUAAAAUUUGCUAUCAAAAUAUAAAAACACCAAAACACUGCAAUGGUGUUAUUUUUAAAUACACACCUUUCUAGGUAGGACUCUGCUGUAACACAUGAUCUCAUUGAACAGAGGCUGUAUUCUCUGUAUCCCACUGCACAUGUUUUGACCAUCACAGCCACAAAUAAUUUUUCUUGCAUUUCCAACUCCAUAAGAUCAGAAACCAUAAACUUACCAAAGAAUGCAUCUUAAUAAUGUUCCUCUGCAUUAGGAAGAUAAAUCCUACUCUCAGUGUAGAGGGCACAGCCAGGGUCAGAAAUCCUAUCAGAUGUCAUGUACAGAUGUAAGAUCUGUAGAGCAGAGUUUUGAAUAAGUCAGGAGGAGGAAUGCUGAUGAUGUUUGGUGGCUAAAAACUACAAAGGAGAACUGGCUAUUGACUUUGCAUGUGACAGAAAGGUGGUAACUGAACCCAAAUCCAUUUUUGUUACACCUCCAAUAGGUCUUUAGGAUGUUUUCCUCUACUCUGUAUUCUGAAUAAAAAUUAUGCUAGAAAUAAAUUAUAUAUGUACAUAAAAAAAUUAUGUAGAAAUAAAUUUCUGCAGCCAAAGUAGUGGUGUUCUUUCCCUAUAUUCAGAUGCCAAAUGGAAAAAGAAAGAAUUUCAAAAUACUUGUUUUCAUGCCCAACAAAAUGUCCACUGAGUUUAUUUUUCAUUGCUCUUAUAGCUGCAGAUUUAACAGGAUGCCUCUCACCAUGCUGUGAGCUAGACAAAAUAACCACUCUUCCACCCUCAAAUCCUUCUGUUCAAAUGUAUAUUUUCAAACAUGUUCCUUCCAAGUCAAAUAAAUCCUAGUCUCUUCUUAGUAGGGUAGCACAAUAAAACUACAACUACAGAGUUAAAUAACCAUAGAAUUAAAAUAAGGCCAGUUUAGAUGGAACUUUGAUUUUGUGGACACUGUCCCUUCCCAUGGACUGGAACUAGAUGAUCUUUAAGGUCCCUUCCAAUCCAGACCACUGUAUGAUUCUAUGACCUAAAAUGAGUUUGCAAACACUUCAAUAGCUUCUGCUUAUCAUUUAAGAACAGAUAUCAGCUGAAUAAUCAGAUAAAACUCAAUUAGGCCUUUUUGUCAUAGGGCAGUUUGAAUCCAGUCUUCUUUAUUAAAUAGUGAAACGUUAUUUCAUGACUAUUGAGGUCAAAGUUACGACCUCAUGAAAUAGUCUAACAAAAUUUGAGUUUAGGGGUAAUUAAAUCUCUCAGUGCCUCCUUUAAUAACUAAUUCUGGAAACAUGAGGAAAAUAUUUUUUUGUCUUUGUUAUAAAAGAGGGAAAAUUAAUACCUAUAUUCAUGUAUUCCAGCAAUGCUCUGCAUUAACUGUGGUAUUUUCCAUAUAAAGAUGGAGUGAAUGUUGCAAUUUAUAACUGUUAAGACAUCUUGUGAUUUAUACCAGUUAUUAACAGGGAAGAGAUGUUUUCCACCUGUAUUCUAUACUUUUCUGAACACUUUCAUUCAAAUUACUUUUUAUUAAAAGCUGUCAUGGAACUAA